UUGCAGCGCGAAUCUCUCUUUAUACUUUUUUAUUUCACGAGAGGGUCUUGUGUUCCGAAAAGAGGGUAUUUUUUUCCCAGAUGAAAUUAGCCGACUGCUGGCCAGCCCCUUUGCGUUAAAGACCCUCACUGACGAACCGGUUCUCACCAACACGCACGUGCACGACGAAGAGCUGAUACCUCAAACAAAACGUAAAGUUUGGUGUGUUUGGAUUUGGCGCAGUGGGCUUGACGAGCUAGCGGGGGUUUAAGUGCUGAGCCUCGGCCCAUAAGUUGGCUCUUUAUCCCUUGGCUUUCGUACUUGCCUCGUUUUGCACCGACUCAGCUAAGCCGGGGGAAGCUGGUCGUCUGAAGUCCCCCUAAUCUUUCUUGAUCAUCUAGGCACCGAGUUUGUGUGGGCUAUUGGCAAUACUAUGGAGAUUUUAAGCGCACCUCUGUCUACUUUAGAGACAUAUACAGGAGGUGAUCAUGGACACAGAACACCGGUUAGACUAACGAGAGUUGAGAAAGCCGUGAGCAGCGGGCCACAUCAUCCAAGGCAUGGGGGCUCAAGCUCCGAUGGACCCCAUGGAUCGACAUGGGGAACUGCAGCCAUGUCCGAUAACCGAGACCACUCGACACGAGAAACCAACAUCGAAUCAACAGGAAAAGAUUCAGCUGAGGAAAACUCCGAUGAGAGCGAGGCGAGUAAGAGGAGAAGACAACGCCGUCAGAGGACGCAUUUCACCAGCCAGCAGCUCCAAGAGCUGGAGGGUAACUUUGCCCGUAAUCGCUACCCGGACAUGUCAACUCGGGAAGAAAUCGCUGCUUGGACCAACUUGACAGAGUCUCGCGUACGGAUCUGGUUCAAGAACCGACGAGCCAAGUGGAGGAAGCGGGAACGCAAUCAGCUGAACGAACUCAAGAAUGGGUUUGGUUCCCAGUUCAACGGCUUGAUGCAACCGUUCGAUGACGGGCUCUACUCCGGUUACUCCUACAACAACUGGGCCGCUAAAUCCGCCUCAAACCCCCUCGGAGCGAAGAGCUUUCCAUGGUCGCUGAAUUCUCUUGGCUCGGUGUCCUCUCAACCGAUGUGUUUCAACUCCCCACCGUCUGCCGUCAGUCCAAACUUCUCCACGGCACCCAUGAGCGGGGUGACACCGCAGAACCUCGGUCCUCUCAGUCACCAGGCAGGGGCUCCGCCAUCCGGAGCGUCGGGAUGCCCGCAUGGCUCCUCGCCCUACGUGUAUCGAGAACCGGCUUCCGGGAGUCUAGCAUCGUUGUGUUUGAAGGCAAAGCAACAUUCCACGGGAGUUGGGGGCUUCACAUACCCAGUUCAGAAUCAUACACUCUCAGCGUGCCAGUAUGCUACACUAAACGGGCAGCCAUGAUACUACUAGUCUCACCUCAAGGACUAUUCCAUUCUGCUUGUAGCUUCAGGAGAAGCAUUCAGCUCACAGACGAUGGCAUCGUUAGGCCGCCGUAGGAUUACUAUAGUUACGGUUGGCUUACAGAAGCCUGCGUCCUUUUAAAGUGGACUUGGGUUGGAGUCCAACCUCACCCAGCAGAACACUGUUUGAUGUAAACCAGUAUUCACAGAACCAGACUACAGUAUUUUUAGUCUAGAGUAACGUAGACUCCUGUCCAGGCUGAAACCAAUUAUUACAUUUAUCACAACCUACAACUGUACAACGCCAAUGGCGAAUACUAACGUUCAUGAUAUAAAAAGAGGCCACACUUAUUAUAAUAGUUUGAAUGCACUUUAUUGAAAUAAGAGAAAAGGAAACUCUUCCUUUGGCUGUGACUGAAUCAAGCAACUUGAGCUAAGGCUACGGACGGUGUCAGAGGCAAUUGUGUCCACCAUGCAAUACUGUCCGCUCCGGACACUUUUGCACAUGCAAUCGUGUCCGGGGCUAUGCA